UAGCGAUUUUAAUCAGCGGACUCACAAGACGAACAACAUGGCGGACGAACUCUCAAAUGCGAACUUAAGUCAGAUAACGCACUUCAACACUGAAUAAUGGCUUAAAAUGUUUAUCAGGCUGGAUAACCUUGUGACUGUUUAUAAAAACAGCACAUGAGAUGGCGCUUCGAUUGCCUCCGAUGCCUAAAGUAUCGGAUCUGCUACGUCUUUACGGCUUGACGGCACAGAAACAGUUCAGUCAGAACUUUAUUUUGGAUCUCAAUAUCACAGACAAGAUAGCUAAGGUAUCUGAUGUGUUUGACUGUUAUGUGUGUGAGGUUGGAGCAGGCCCAGGCUCUCUCACUCGAUCCAUCCUAAAUGCUGGAGCAAGGCAUGUAGCAGCUGUGGAGAUUGAUAGACGUUUUCUCCCCUCUUUGCAGCUUCUUGAGGAUGCGGCUAAAGGACGUAUGACUUUGCAUCAUGCUGACAUCAUGAAGUUUAACAUUCCCUCAGCUUUUCCCCGGGCUUCUCCUACAGGAUGGGAGUCAGGAGAUAUUCCAGGUGUGCGCAUGGUUGGCAAUCUUCCAUUUGGUGUAUCCAUACCACUUCUCCUUCAAUGGCUGGAAGCAAUUCCAGAGCGAUCAGGUCCUUUUGCAUUUGGAAGGACACCCAUGGCUUUGGUUUUUCAAAAAGAGGUUGCAGAGAAUAUUGUGGCAUCUGAGGGGAGCUAUAACAGAUCUAGGCUGGCUGUCAUGGUACAGUACCUGUGUGAAGCCAAGAGGAGAUACUCACUUCCCAGUUCUGUGUUUGUCCCUAAGCCAAAGGUAGAUGCGUCACUGGUUGUUCUCACACCCCGAGUUACGCCACUAAUUGAUGCACCCUUCAUCGUCGUUGAACAAGUCGUAAAAGCAGUCUUUGCGAUGAGAAGAAAAUUCAUCCACACUCCUCUCAAACUGAUGUUCCCAGGAAAAGAAGAACUAGUAGGUGAUUUGCUUCGCCUUUCCUCGGUCAACCCUGAACAGCGGGCUCACGAAUUAGCUAUGACCGAAUUCAACAGCCUUUGCUCCGCUUAUCUCGAGAUCGCGAGAACAAUGGACUUAUCACUUCAGCCAAUGAGAGUGAAUAGACCAGCUCAUGUGACUGAUGUGCUAAGAUGAUACAGUCUACCGCUUUCAUGUCGCCAUGAAUGGCGGCUUACGAUAACCUCCGAGCAUUGAAAUAAUUCGUCUGACGCGAGAAACGUACUAUUUCCCUCUCGGACUAUCAGAGACCUGGGCGCGACCGAUGCCUAGUCUCCGUAAUAUUGAUAUUUUAGCCAAGAGUCAAACUGGGUUAACUAAACCGAGAAUUAUAAUUUGUGAAGUAUCUCUAGGAAUUCUUUACCCUGGGUAUCAGAGCCUCCAGACUUCUCUCGCGACAUUUUGGCUAAGCGUCACUGGGCGAGAGAAAUCUGGAGGCUCUGGUACCCAGGGAGGGAAUUCUUGCUCUUGGUACCUACGAAUGCGUUUCCCACUGUAUAUGAAAUCCUUUAUAUGUGAAGUCAUCUUAAGAUAACGGAGGGGCUUGAAUAUGCAAAUAUCCCUUAUAUACGCGCGUCCUGUUUGUAGGCAAGUUCUUCACUUAAUGUGUGUGCUGUGCUAUGAUGACCAUAGCAUGUACCUUUGCUGUCGCUAUGUGAACCUGGCUGCUAUUAUGAAAAAGUUCAUGAUUGGAUGGUUGGGUAAGGUGGGUCUGUUGUAGUUACACCGCGAGUUCUAACGUCAGGCUCGAUGCUCUGGGUGUUUGUUGACGAUGACCUUCCUGAUUCCAUGUCAUCCUUCCCGAGGAGCCUUCUGUAACUUUUUUCCUCAAGGAUCCAGGCAAGAUAAGGAAGGAUGUUUUCGUAAAGUUAUUUAUACCUCUCUUGACUGUUCUUUAAAGAUGUGUAAAAUAUCAAGAAACUAUUAAAGACAUAUCAUAGUUCUCUUGA